AAUAUUGCAGGCUCGGGCCGCUGCAGAUCCAGGAGUGCUGCUGUCUCCCAGACGGCUGCUCAGGAGGUUGGGACACGCGGCUCUGGUGACGGCCUGCCUGGAUACAUCGCACCUCUGCCUUCAGAGUUGGCCGUUUCUGUGUCCACAGAUCAGCCUCGCAGGAAGAGGAAGUGGCAGAGCGGCAGCCAGGAGGAUGAGCGUCCGUGCCCCUCAUACAGAAGACCUGCCAAAUGCUCCCGCAGAGAAGCGUAUGUGAAGGGCCCAUUGCUGGGGCGAGGCGGAUUCGGCUCUGUGUUUGCUGGGACCCGCAGGUCUGAUGGACUGCCAGUUGCCAUCAAAUACGUCUCUAAAAGAGGAACACAGAGACUGAGAGUUGAAGGUCAGGGUCGGCUGCCGCUGGAGGUGGCGUUGAUGACCCUGGUUAAUUCGGCUCCUGCCUGCCCCAACGUCCUGCAGCUGCUGGAGUGGUUUGACCGUCCCGGACGCUACACCAUGAUCUUGGAGCGCCCGCUUCUUUGCCAAGAUCUGGAGAGUUUCUGUGAGGAGAACGGACGCCUGGAGGAGAGCCUGGCCAAGAAAGUGCUGCUGCAGCUGAUCACGGCGCUGAGACACUGCGAGAGCCGUGGAGUCCUGCACCGGGACGUCAAACCAGAGAACCUGCUGAUCUCCACAGACUCACAUGACAUCAAGCUGCUGGACUUCGGCUGUGGAGAUCUGCUGAAAGACUCGGCCUACAAACACUUUGCUGGCACUCUUCAGUACGCCCCUCCUGAGUGGUUUCGGCGGCACCGCUAUCAUGCGGGACCGGCUACGGUUUGGUCAGUGGGGGUGACGCUCUACAACAUCCUGUGCGGCUGUUUCCCCCUCAGAGGCGCAUUGAGGGUCACCUCCAAAAGCAGACUGCACUUCCCUGGAGAGCUGUCGACAGAGUGCCGUCAGCUGAUUCGCUGGUGCCUCAGUGCAGCAGCAUCAGAUCGGCCCAGUUUAGACGACAUUGAGCGCCACCCCUGGGUGAGCAGGAGUGACACAGGAAGUGCAGAGAACAGCUUCCUGAUCACCUACAGAAAGAGCAGAGGAUAA